AUGACCCUCUUGCAGGGUAUCAAGACUUAUCCCAAGGCUAUCGGCUGGUCUAUCCUGCUUUCCACCUGCAUCAUUAUGGAAGGAUUCGAUAUUGUACUCAUCAACUCGCUGAUGGCUCUCCCAGCCUUCCAGCGUCGCUUCGGCGAGCCUUCUCCCAAGGGUGGCUACCAGAUCAGUGCUGCUUGGCAGUCUGGCUUGUCCAACGGUGCCCUGGUUGGCGAAGUUAUCGGCUUGUUCUUCAUCGGAUACAUCGUUGAGCGCGUUGGCUACAAGAAGACCAUGAUCGGCGCUCUUUCUCUUCUCACUGGCUUCAUCUUCAUUGUGUUCUUCGCACAGAAUCUCCCUAUGCUUCUCGUUGGAGAGAUCCUCAUGGGCAUUCCAUGGGGUGCCUUCCAAACCUUGACCACAACCUACGCCGCAGAAGUUUGCCCUGUCGCCCUCAGAGCUUACCUCACUACCUACGUCAACCUCUGCUGGGUCAUUGGUCAAUUCCUAUCAUCUGCUGUGCUCAAGGGCGUCGCGAACGAGACUGGUCCUCUCGGCUACAAGCUUCCUUAUGGACUUCAAUGGAUCUGGCCAGUACCCUUGAUCAUUGGAAUUGCUUUGGCACCCGAAUCGCCCUGGUGGCUCGUACGCAAGGGCCGUCUUGAAGAGGCUAAGACACAAGUCCUCCGCCUUACCUCCCGCAACCAAACGGAAUCAGGCUUCGAUGCCAAUGAGACGGUCAACAUGAUGGUCUACACCAAUGAACUUGAAAAGGCAAGCACCUCUGGCUUAAACUACUGGGACUGCUUCAAGGGAGUCGAUCGUAGACGCACAGAGAUUGUAUGCAUGGUCUGGGCUGUUCAGACGCUUUGCGGAGCAUCCUCUUUCACCGGCUACUCGACCUACUUCUUUGAGCAAGCUGGCCUUGACACUUCGGCUGCGUUUUCCAUGUCACUUGGACAGUAUGGUUUGGGUGCUGUCGGUACCAUCCUCUCUUGGUUCUUAAUGAUGAAGUUCGGACGUCGCACUCUCUAUCUCUACGGCCAAAUCGCCAUGGCGUUGAUCUUGCUGGUUGUUGGGUUCUUGGGCAUUGCUCCCGCUUCUGCAGAGAACACUCAGUGGGGCAUUGGAGCCAUGAUUCUCAUUUACACUUUUGUCUACGACAUGACCGUAGGACCAGUCUGCUACUCCCUCGUCGCCGAAAUCUCCUCCACGCGUCUCCGCAACAAAACCGUGGUGCUUGCCCGCAAUCUCUACAACAUCACCGGCGUCAUCGCCAACGUCCUGACUCCUCAUAUGCUCAACCCCGAUGCCUGGAACUGGGGCGCCAAGGCUGGUUUCUUCUGGGCAGGCACUGGAAUGCUGUGUGCUAUCUGGACUUACUUUAGAGUUCCUGAGCCAAAGGGAAGAACGUACGCCGAAAUGGAUAUGCUGUUUGAUGCUAAGGUGUCGGCUCGCAAGUUCAAGGAGACUAGUGUGGAUUCCUUUGUUACUGCGGCGCAUGUAGAGAAGGAGGGGUAUGCUGAAGAUUUCAAGAUGGCUUCAGAGCAUGUGGAUCAGGUACAGGAGUAG